ACCGCCUUUCUUUCCCGACCUGCCCAGCGGCCACUUCCGUUGACGUCUUUUAAAUGUUGGGCGGUUGACGGGAAGAGCGAUUUUCGAUUGUUUUGGAUAUAACUUCUUAUUCAUUGCAACUGCACUAAAAUAUUCCCUUCGAGCUUCUAGCUUUUUAAUUAGAGACAUGGAACAGGCUAAAUUUGAAAUAGGCAUGGCUGUCAUGAUUAGUCGCAGCGAUGGGAGAACUCAUGCUGCCACUGUGAAAAGUGUGGAUGAGCUGAAAGCUGCCGUGAAUGUUGAAUGGCAGGAGGAUGGAGCUUAUAAGGGGAAAGAGAUCGCUAUUUCUGACCUCUGGGUCAUCAACGCGCACCUUUUCCAGCAGCCAGAGACUCCCAAACCGCCUGUCCAAGUGCCGGCUGAGCAGCCCCCAGCACAGAAGAAAUAUGAAGGGAGACUCAGGUCAUCCAGAAUGCUCCCACCAUCAGACACUGCACCUCAAGCCGGUCCGUCUGAGGAGCCAGUGUCCAAGAGGUUCACAUCCAAUUUCUCGAGGGCUGCGUGUAGGCAGUCAACUGUGGUGGACCCCGCUGUCUCUAGUGACGGUGUGGCCCAGGACAUGCCCCCAUCCGCCAUUCCUAGACCAUCAGCACUGCCUACCUAUCCCAAAAGGACCAAGCCAAAGCACACUGCCCAGCUCCCACUGGUCGAGGCUAUGUGCGAGAGUGAGGAAUCAAGGUGUGCUCCUCCAAGCACGGCAGCCCGUCGAAUGUCUGUAUCACAGAAUGGUAGUGCUGCUGGAAGCAAGCGGUUGUCAAUCAUGCCAAAAGCCUCUGAUACCCAGACCAAGAAGGUCAAGCCAGCAGAAGCGAGUCGGACUAACAAACCAUUUCACCAGAUGAUUGAGGAAUACAGAGAGACUGUGGAAAAAGUUCCCAUGUCGCAUUCUGGCCGUGUGCAAAAUCCCAGAAUAUGUGUGUGUGUUCGAAAGCGUCCACUAAGCAAGAAAGAACGUGGUAGAAAGGAAGUUGAUGUUGUGACUAUUCCUGGGAAUGGAACGCUGCUGUUUCACGAGCCCAAGCAGAAAGUGGAUCUCACAAAGUAUUUGGAGAACCAGGUCUUUCACUUUGAUCACUCAUUUGAUGAAGAGGUCACCAAUGAAACUGUUUACAGGUACACAGCCAAACCUCUGGUGCAUAGCAUCUUUGAAGGUGGUAUGGCAACUUGCUUUGCUUAUGGCCAAACUGGCAGUGGGAAAACUCAUACAAUGGGAGGAGAUUUUUCCGGAAAGAACCAGAACAGCUCAAAGGGCAUCUAUGCUUUGGCAGCCCAAGAUGUUUUCAGCCUCUUGAGGCAGUACCCAGAUAUAGACCCCUUUGUUUCGUUUUUUGAAAUCUACAAUGGCAAGGUGUUUGACCUGCUGAAUAAGAAGGCCCAGCUGCGCGUGCUGGAAGACGAGUGGCAGCAGGUUCAGGUGGUCGGCCUGCAGGAGAUGAGCGUCACCUGCGUGGGAGACGUCAUCAAGAUGAUCGAGAGGGGCAGUGCUUGCCGGACGUCAGGCCAGACGUUUGCCAACGCCAACUCCUCGCGCUCCCACGCAGUGCUGCAGAUUAUCCUGCGGCGUAACCUGCAGCUACACGGCAAGUUCUCUCUGGUCGAUCUAGCUGGGAACGAGCGGGGAAUGGACGUCCGCAGCAACGACCGUCAGACUCUUGCAGAGACCGCCGAGAUCAAUCGUAGCCUGCUGGCCCUGAAGGAAUGUAUUCGGUCCCUGGGACACAAUAGUGACCACAUCCCAUUCAGGAUGAGCAAGCUAACUCAAGUUCUUCGUGACUCCUUUAUCGGAGAGAACUCCAGGACAUGCAUGAUCGCAAUGAUCUCACCUGGUAUGGGCUCUUGUGAUUACACCCUCAACACGCUUCGCUAUGCUAACAGAGUGAAGGAGCUGAAUGGGACAUCUAAGGCUGUGCAGGACGCAGCCAACAAGGGAGAGAUGUCGGCCAGCUGCAGCUCCUCAGAUGACUCCAUCGUUCCCCUGUAUGACGUCAUGUCCCAGGUGGCGGAGAUGGAGGAGAAGUUACGAGAGGAGAUCUUGGCUGGCAGAGAUUUCUAUGCAUCCAUGGUCUCUCCAUCAUUCGAUGCUUUGGCUAGUCUACCAGAAAUCAGAGACUUUUUCCAGAGAUCACUAGAUGCUGUCAAGGCUUUGGAAGAAGCGAUUAAGACGGAAGAAGAGCUGACCUCUUUUACAACCUGAGCUUGUUUUAGCAAUGUAAAUGUUGUUAAAUAAGAUUUGUUUU